CCUGAAGCAGGCGCCGAGAUGGCUCCGGCCGCUGACAGGGAGGGUUACUGGGGCUCGCCGACCUCCACCUUGGAGUGGUGCGAGGAGAACUACGCCGUCUCCUACUACAUCGCCGAGUUCUAUUAUGCAGGAGAAGGAAGAUGAGGACGAGAUUAAUGCUGGGAGGUGGAAAGGCAUGUGUUCUGAAGAAAAAGGGACUAAUUCUAGAAGGGAACACAGUGAGUAACCUGAUUUUCAUUCUACCUCCAAUCUAUGGUGCGAUUCAGACCUAUAAAGAUGGCCUUGAAAAACGGUAUUUAGCUGCAUAUUUGUGUCUUACAGCUGUGGGAUUGGGAUCUUGGUGCUUCCACAUGACCUUGAAGUAUGAAAUGCAGCUGUUGGAUGAACUGCCAAUGAUAUACAGUUGUUGCGUGUUUGUUUACUGCCUGUAUGAAUGUUUCAAGUACAAGAACACAGUCAAUUAUCCACUGCUUUUCUUGUUAAUAACAUACAGCUUCGUAGUCAGCAUAGUUUACUUAAACUUGAAAGAGCCUGUAUUCCAUCAGGUCAUGUAUGGAACACUAGUUUCCAUUAUAGUUCUACGAUCUGUUUAUAUAGUAUUAUGGGUAUACCCAUGGCUUAGAGGUCUAGGCUAUACAUCUUUAACUGUAUUUUUAAUGGGAUUUUUUCUCUGGAAUGUGGACAACAUUUUCUGUGAUAAACUGAGAGCACUACGAGAGAAGAUGCCUCCUGUUGUGGGAGCUGUGACACAGUUUCAUGCAUGGUGGCAUAUCCUCACAGGCCUGGGCUCUUACCUCCAUAUCCUGCUAAGUUUAUACACAAGGACACUUUUCCUGAAACACAGGCCGAAGGUGAAGUUUGUUUUUGGAAUAUGGCCUGUUCUUCUGGUGGAGCCGCCCAAGAAGCUUUGACUGAGACCUAGGCAGUCACGUGCGAUCACCUAGCCUGGCUGAAUAAAGCAAUUCAACAGUUAACUGUGGCUGAAGUAUCAAAAUUAUGGAUCAAUUCAAGCACCAUUGCUAUAAAAGGACUUCUCUGUCUUACUAGGCCAGCCGGCCGGAACAGAGCAAAGAGUUGGCACACUAGGGAUAUAAUGUUUAGUACAGCUUUAUUCUAAGUUGUUAAAACAAAGAUUAAGACACAAUAUUUUUAUGUAUAUAUUGUAUAGCUGAUGAUACUGAGCUAAUAUUUCGUGCUGGUCACAGAAAACUAACCAUUUUUGAAGUGGAUUGCAUAGUUUUUCAUUCAGUUGUUGUUCUUUCUGUGGUUUAAACUGAUACUAGUAACUGAAUGACAAAACCAGGCCAUGGAUGGCCAAGCUAAGCAUUUGCGUGGCCUACAUUGAACUGAAUGCUUAACCCGAACUACUUUAAUCUUGCACUUUUAUACAAUUAAUGAAGUAUGUAAUGAUUGAUUUAGGGCUUUAUCUUGCUUUUCCACAGCCUCCUUUGCAAUUUAUAUUUUAAGCAAAAUGGUUGGGAUACCUGUGCCAUUUAGUUCGCUUUGUACCGAACUUCCAUUUUCUCUUUAGUCCAGCUGAUGUACAUCGUGGAGGACAUUCCAGGGUGUGACCAGCAGAAGACACUUAGAUGAGGAAGCAUUAUAGGGGUUCUUGUUUGUGUGUUGAGACUGAAUUGUUAAUUUCUUUGACCAGUGAUCCAUCAGGAGGCUGCAGGGUGACUGUAUAAACACAAGAAACACUUUUUUAAAUUUUUUUAUAAUUAUUACUUACAUGCCUCCCUUUUCUAUCCCUGCUUUUUACUGCCCAUGUCCCAUUCGUACUACAGAUGGACAAACACCUUAGGUGUGUGCUCGUUCAGCUUUGAGCUUUGAAAUCAUCUCUUUCGCUUUUUUUACAAGUCUUAAUAUUGGUCAGACUUUCAGAAGCAUGUUCUUACUCAGAAAUAUUGAAGAAAGAGUAAAGAACAAGAUUGAUGUUGAGGAUACCUCAAAAUAUAAUAGGCAGCACUUUGAUUGCUUGCUCUUAAUCUGUCCAUCACAUGGUUACUCUGAAAAUAUGACCACCUUUUUAAAACCAAUUUUGGGGAUUAAUGGGGGGAGGGAACCCACUGAUUUCUGCAAUAUUUAUCUACCCAGCUGAUGAAAGUUUAUAAGUAAGCAUAAAGAAAACAUUGAACUAACACAAUUUUUCAAAAUAUACCUCAUAUUGGAGGCUGUGGUUUUGACUCUUCAGAUCUUGAGGAGACUAACAGAGUCUGUCUCUGGGCCUACUAGCUGCCGUGCUAUGCAAUUUUUGUCUGCUUUUGAUGCUCUGAGGGGCUUAUCCAUCUUGCCCUGAAGGAGAAAAGAGAAAUGCUGAGACUAAUUGGGAAUUCCAUUCUGUAUUGAUUCAAAUCAUGCCCACAGCAAGGCACGGUAGUGUAGCUAUAAAGCUGUCUCCCGGAUCACAGAGUCCUGGCUAUUGUACAAUCAAGCAAUGACUAAAAUGUUCUCCUCCCUUUAAUGUUUUUUUUUCUGUUUGCGGCGCAGCUGCAUCUUCCAUGGCCAUCAGUAGCACUCCUACUGAUGUGAGACUCUAAAUAAAAUUGUGGCUUUUGUUAUGUGGCAGACCCUGGACUCUUGGGAUCAAAUAGACCCAAACUCGGGGCUAGAACAGUGACGUCAGUGAGGUUUAAGCGUGUGCUGAUAGCAGGGCAUUUCAACCUGUAAACCACUAUAAAGACUCCUGAAUGAUAAUUUUAGAACAAAUUUGUUGUCAGUAGGCUCCAGUUCCGUAGAUACAGUCAGCAUCUGGGUUGGGAAAUUUGAGUGAUCUUCGGUCUGAAAGAGGUUGGAAUAACUAGAAUAGAGGUAGGAAAAUGCUGUCUUGGAUCAAGUGUCUUUGAUUAUCCAGAAGGCAUAUUUUUUGUAAAGAGAUUUGAGAACUGUUUUUAAAAUGUAGCUUAAAAAUAAGUGCCUGCCUGUUCACAUCCAGGCUCUCUCAAGCAUGCUUCUGCACACUGUAUCUAAUUUUCUUUCACAUUUACAUGUUUUCCUAAGUUAGGGAAAGAGUCCCAUAAUAGGAGCAGUGCAGCAACAAGACAUAUCAACAGUCAAUUGUGACAUCUGCUAGGUAUGGUAUUAUUUUUAAGAAAAUGCACAAACCCUUUAUUUUAGUGGCCUUAUCUUUGUUACUGGAGGAUCGGGGGGGCUCUGGUUUCCCUUUAAUUGAAAGAACCAGUGUGCUGAAAAGCCACUUUCUUAUUGGUAAGGUAUCUCUACAAUGGUAUAUUUUAAAUAUAUUUGCUGACUCUCCUACACAUUUGCAACUAGGAAUUGGUUUGGUUUUGAGUUUUGGUUUUGGGUUGGUUUUUUUUCAGAUCUUGUUGAAUUGAAUUGUCAGGAUUUUGAAAAAAGUUGGAAAAGCCCUUGUUUUAAUUUUAUGCGUCUGUUAGCUUUUCAUUCACAUAUCGUUUGUCACUGUUUUUAUCUUUAAACAAAUUACGCAAAUUGGCUUCUCCAUUCCAAAUGACCAAAACCAUGCACACCUCUACCAGCCUUCCAGCAGCCUUUCUUUCAGGUUAUUGUUAGACCCUGAAGAAUGUAAUUUACGUAUUUGUCCUUCUAAGCGUAAAUAAUCUAAAAUUAUGGGUGCUUUGGUUUAAUUGCCUUACUGAUCUUGUGAGUGAUAUUGAAAAUGGCAAGCCAUUUUUACCUGCAUGUCACUGAAAUUCAGACUUGCCUUUUCUAGUGCCUGGGAAGACAUACAUCCUUACUCCUGUAAUGUCUUAAAUGUCUGUUAAAUUGCUUUUUAUUUAUAUGACUUGUAUGACAUGCUGAUUAUUUUUUUUUCUACAAACCUUAGAGCAGCAUAUCCCAAACUUUUCUUGCACUACAUCUUACAAGGUGGAUCAUCUUUGAUCCUAUUUGUUGAGUAGGAUUCAGACAACAGCUACUUUAAAGAGAAUUAUGGAAGUAGCAGGUGUUGUUCAAUAUGAAUCCUAUAGGAUGUGUUGGACAGACUUGAUAGCAAUGAACUCUUCUAUUCUUUAACAUCCAUGAAGAGCCAGGAAAUCUGCCACCUUAUGACCGUCGGCUGGGCACAGAUCAGCAGCAAGUAGUUCUGCAGACCGUGAGGUGAGAAACUCUUCCUUGGGAAUAAGAGAAAAAACCUCAAAAUUACUCUCCCAGUGCAGAUCAACACCAUACCUUAUGCUGGGAAUCUAGAUUUUUUUUCUGCAUACAGCUCAAGACAUGCAUUAUCCAGAACUGAAGCUAAGACAUGAUAAACAAAAAUCUGCCAUCAGGAGGAAUCUCAUCCGUGUUUUGAGGACAGUGUUGUGGGCUAGCGGUAUUAGUCAUCUCGGGACUUCAUUUUAAUGCUUUUUCUUUUAGCACAGGGAAGAUGUGCUACCCCUAAGUUCAGAAGACUACCCCAUAGUCAGAAUUGGAAUAUGCAGUCGAGCACUUGCCGAUCUACCUCUGUCAUGUAUUGUACAAUACCCAUGCCCUUAAUUAAACAUAUAUAUAUAUAUAUAUAUUAGAACAGCCUGACUUAGACCAUGCAGCUCCUGAGGUCGGCAACAAUAUUGUACUGCUCUGUGGCUGACUCUCUUCACUCCAUAAACAUCCUGACUUGUUCAGUGUUGUGUCAGUCUUAGUUUGUGCUCAGUCUGCUGUUGAUCUGUGUGCAGAAGUCUGGCUGCUUUAGAAAGAGACACAAGUAGGAGAAUUUCAAUUCAGACAGGUGAAGUGAAAGCUUUUUGGAAUUUAAGUUACGUUUAAAACUAAGAUGCAAACAAAAUAACAUGGUUUACAUGAUUUUGGGAGAGAUGUGAUGAAAAAUACUGUUUCACAAUUUGUUUUAUUUCUCUUUUAAUCUAGUAUUGUGCUGUAUUCAUCCCUGGGCUUGUCUUGUUUGGCUAAAACAAAAUUGUGUGUUUUGAAAUGCAGUUGAUUCUUUUGGCCAUAGUGCAUUUGCUUCCAACACCUGGUUUCAAACAGCUAAAUGAGUUUUUCGGCUAGCUCUUCCAUGUGAAGCGCAGCGACAGAAAGUUCACCCAACAUUACUAGUGUUUCUCACAGUCACUACCACCUUGUUUAGUCUGCAUUCCAGAAUUUCAGUAAUACUGUUUUUUAAAAUCUGUUUCUCUUAGUGGAUGUAUUUUUGGCAUUUGAUAGCUGGUGGUGAAACAAACAAUUCAAUACAACAUUUCUCGGUUGAAGACAAGCUGUAAUGAAGAAGCAAUGUUGUUUUCUUCAGUAGACCUCAGAAUCCAGGAACCACGCCUUCAUUUUAGUGGAAUGUGUGCCCCAUAAUUUAAAUAAAUGUAUUCAGGUAAAGUGGUUUACUUUAAGGAAUCCCCAUCUGCACUUUAAGUAGAUGGUGGGAGGCUUUAACUGGUAAGUACUGUUUGUUUAACUGUGAGACUUCAGUAGGAAGAGGGAUAAAUGAUGGAGUCUUUAUUACCCAUGAGAACCGAAAAGCCAGAAGGAGAUUGAGAAAUCUUACGUGGAAAGAGAAUAACAAAAGAUUAAGCAUAGAAUCCCAUAGUAUUAGGUCAACCACACUCCUGGGAACUGCACUUUAGAUACUUCGGUAACAAGCUUGAAUGUGUUGCUAUUUUUACCUUUAACUUUCCAUGCUGACUCUGCACUCUUUACCAUAGGAGUGAUGUAGUCUACAUUUGAUUCAUUGUAGAUUACUUAGCUGCUGUUUUGUGAGGAUGGAAUGUGACAGGGAUCGUUUCAUACGUGAAUGAAUACCUUUCUUAUCCAUCUGGAACAUCCUCCCCCAGCUUUGUUUGAGAGUCGGUAAUGUAACUACAAAGAAUAUACUGUGUAACUCUUAAGGUCAGUUUGGCGUUUCUUUGUUCAGUUUCUCAGCGAUGACUGCCUGCAGCUGCCAAGUGCCUGAUCGCUCUGUUGCAAGUCUUUUCUGAGAGCUGAGGCUGUGUUUUCUACUGGGGUCUGGAAGACAAGGUCCUUGGUAGGUGAAGGGUCACUUUGUUUUUUUGUUAAGAAUUCUCUGACUGCAGGAGUCACAGCACUCUCUUUAGUCGCUUUCCAGAAACACAGUUACCCAGUAUGUGUGCCUCUGCUUGGCUCGGACUCGAGCCUGACUACCCCAUGUCCCUGAUGCUGUUGCAUCUUUUCAGAUUUGGAAAGCUGGUUGAGGGAUUUAGCCCCACAGCUGGUGUGUGUUUUAGUGUGUGUAGUUCAAUGACGGGCAGUGUGAGGGCGAAGCGGUCAAGCAAGCACUUAAUGCAGAGCCCCAUUACUGGAGCUCCCAGCCAGAUGCUCCAAACAGGACUGGGGAUGUGGGGGUUCAUGUAUACGAGUUUGGGGGCAGGGUUGAUGUCUGAACCUCUUACUUUACUUCAGAACUCUCCCUUUUUACUUGUGAAGUGUUUAGAUUGGAUUAAGCAUGUAUUUGCAGAUUUUGGAAGAACCAAGUUCAGAAUCCAGCUAAUUGAAGACCCUAAACCAGUGCCUGCAAAUUUUUGUUGCACAUACUUCACACAGGUUGAAUCUGCCUGAUGUUUGGAGCAGAUUGUUGAGAUUUCAAAAAUGCAAAGAUAAAGGGUCUUCUGGUUAUUUGUCCACAGGAAUAGCUGUAAGCACAACCUCAGAUUCAUCCUUCUUUCCCCAAAUCUCUGGAACACGCGUAUGUUUCUCCAGAGCCAAUGUUGAAUAGCGUGGGUUUUCACACAUGCUCAUAGCAAGUCAUGUACCAAAAUGUUUUCUAAAUUAAAACCUUGGUCAGUUGCUGCAGAAGAAUUUUUGUUGUGCAUACUAUUGCUUUUGGAAGAGAGAGUUUCAAGCAGCGUAAGUAGCAAUUACUCCUUAAACUGACCAGGAACUGGUUUUUCUCUUCAUAUUCCAGACUGAUGUUGACGAUAUGAUGUUGACUAUUGAAUUCAGCUUAGUGCACUGAUGAUGUUUACCGUCUUAGCAAGUAACGUCUGUCUACCUGUAAGGCACAUGAAAUACCCCACGUGUUUUGUGACCAAACUUUCUAACAUUGACACUAUUAGUUCUAACGUGUGUUUGGGUUUGUUUCCUGAAAUUCAGUAUAUUGUUGCAGAUGGGUAACAACACUGUGACAGAUGAAUAGCAGUUGACAGCCGCAUUGAGGAAUGCUUAUUGACAAUUUGGAUAUACUGAACUGAUUCUUCAUACCAAACCGGCUGGUAACUAACAUUAGGCUUAUGUGUAUCAGCAUAUCUUGUUUUGCAAAGCACAGUAGCUUUGAAAUAUUUAAUGUAUUUCAUUUGUUAUUCAUGCUGCAGUCAAGCACUAAUUUGUGUCUUUAUAGUUAAAAUUAUUAAAGAAUUUUGUUUUAAAUACAA